CAAAAUUGUUAUCCUCCGUUACUGCCUGCUCAUUUGCUGCCUUUGACAAUCCAAAAUUAGAAUCCGUUUAUCUGUAAUGCUUCAGAAGCAACCCAUUUUUUAUUUUCAAAUUUUCUCUGCAUAUUUUUCAAAAGGAUCUCCCAAUCAACUUUCUAAUCCAUUAGCAAAAUUUCAUUUCAGUUAAUCAUUAAAAUUUUAAAUCAUGGGGCUUGAAGAGGCCAAAAAAGCAUCUUCCUCUUCAAACGCUCUCAAAGGGCUUCCUCCUCUGCCAAGAGAAGACACGCCUCUGUUAGCCAAGUCCAAGCCUCUGUCCUCUCAAUCCAAAACCUUUGCUAAUGUCUUCAUUGCUAUUGUUGGUGCUGGCGUUCUCGGUUUCCCUUAUUUUUUCAAACGAGCCGGAUGGCUUAUGAGCCUUUUCAUGCUUUUUUCUGUUGCCGCAUUGACUCAGCAUUGUAUGAUGUUAUUAGUCUACACUCGCCGCAAGCUUGAAUCUUUUUCUGGUGAUUUUGCUAGAAUUAAUUCUUUUGGCGAUCUGGGUUUCGCCGUUUGUGGCUCUAUUGGGAGACUUGUUGUGGAUGUAAUGAUUCUCUUGUCUCAGGCUGGUUUUUGUGUUGGGUAUUUAAUAUUUAUUGCAAAUUCCUUGGCCAAUUUAUUUAAUUCGGAUUCUGCAACUAGUAAAACUUCCCAAUUCAUGGGUUUGUCUACCAAGAGUUUAGUUGUAUGGAGUUGUUUUCCAUUUCAAGUAGGGUUAAAUUCGAUUGCAACUUUGACCCAUUUGGCUCCUUUGAGUAUUUUUGCUGAUAUCGUUGAUCUUGGUGCGAUGGGUAUUGUGAUUGUAGAAGAUGUUUUAACGAUGAUAAAGAAUAGGCCUCUGGUUAAUGCUUUUGGGGGUUUGUCUAUAUUUUUUUAUGGUAUGGGUGUGUCUGUUUAUGCAUUUGAAGGGGUUGGUAUGGUUUUGCCUUUGGAGUCAGAAACAAAAGAUAAAGAUAAGUUUGGCAGAACUUUGGGACUGAGUAUGACUUUUAUUUCAUUACUUUAUGGAUCUUUUGGUUUACUUGGUUACUUUGCUUUUGGUGAUGAAACUAAAGAUAUUAUUACAGCUAACUUGGGUGCUGGAUUACUUAGUACCUUGGUUCAAUUGGGUCUUUGUAUUAAUCUCUUCUUCACAUUUCCAUUAAUGAUGAACCCAGUUUAUGAAAUAGUGGAGAGAAGGCUUUGUGGUGGGCAUUAUAGUUUAUGGCUUAGAUUUAUAUUGGUUUUGGCAGUCAGUUUGGUGGCUUUAUUGGUACCAAAUUUUGCUGAUUUCAUGUCUUUGGUAGGGAGUAGUGUAUGUUGUGGACUUGGAUUUAUUUUGCCAUCAUUAUUUCACUUACUUGUGUUCAAAGAAGAAAUGGAUUGGAAAGGAUGGUCUAUUGAUUUGGGGAUUGUGACAGUAGGUACUGUUCUUGCAGUCUCAGGAACUUGGUAUUCUCUCAUGGAGAUUUUCUCUGUCAAGGUAUAAUAUAUAAUAGUUAGUAUGCUUUGUUUUACUGUUUCCACUGAAAAUUUAGCUGUCAGCGUCUAUCAUUGUAUUGUACUGUGAAAAAGAUUGUGAUACUAGCUUUGGAUAUGAAACUAUCUUGUCAAUUGUAAGAUGUGAAGAUGUAUGGCAUUUGAUUGAGAAUAAUACGAGCUAGUAACUUUUCAUGCUAA